AUGGGCAAACUGUACGCCAUAGGUGACAUACAUCUCGGGCACCCCUUCAACACCGAGGCCUGGAAGCUGCUUGAUGAUCACCCCGAUGACGGCCUGAUCUUAUGCGGCGACGUGGGCGAGAGUGCAGCGCACCUGGAGCUGGCCUUUACCGCCGCUGUGCGCAAAUUCAAGCAAGUCUGGUGGUGUCCCGGAAACCAUGAGCUCUACACCAUGGCGCUCAAGACGACGCUGCGGGGCGAGGAAAAGUACGCCGAGUGCGUCGAGAUUGCGCGCAACUAUGGCGUCUGGACCCCCGAGGACGACUUUGUCGAGUGGCGCGGUGGCGGCAGCAGCGAGGACGAUGCCGCCAUUGUCGCCCCCAUCUUCACGCUGUACGACUAUACCUUUCGGCCCGAGGGCAUGGACAAGGAUGCCGCGCUCCAGUGGGCCAGCGAGGCGGACACGGUAGCCACGGACGAGUUUCUUUUGCACCCGGAUCCCUUCCCGACGCGGGAGGACUGGUGCAAUGCUCUCGUGAUCAAGACGGAGCGCAAGCUAGAGGAAGCAAAUAGUAGGAAUCUACCAUUGAUUAUAGUAAAUCAUUGGCCAUUGCGGGAGGAUCUCGUGCACAUUCCCCGCGUGCCGCGGUUCAAAUUGUGGUGUGGGACCAAGAAGACGGAAGACUGGCAUAAGCGAUUCAAUAACACAAAGGUUGUGGUUAGUGGACAUUUACAUGUCCCUAGGACAGACUGGAAAGAUGGCGUUAGAUUCGAGGAAUGCUCGCUGGGAUAUCCAAAGCAGUGGGAGUUGCCGAGAAACAACGGCCUCAACAUUAACCACUUGUUGCGAGAGAUUCUUCCCGGUCCUCCGGCACCAGCUUCGGGAACAGCAGGGCCGGAGUGGCGGCGAUACGGCUAA